GCCUUGCACGCCAAUCUGGACUUCGAAAGGCGAUCCAUUGUCCUCCGUAAUACAGGAGGGAAGCCCUAUGUUGUACCUGUGAGACUGACUUUUCGGACUAUGGCUAACGUAACCCUGCGAGUUGCUCCCAUAAUGGCGGGAACUCUCCGCGUGAUUACCUGGGAUAACUCUGCUGACGGUGAACAAUCUCUGAAGGACGCGGACAGCAGUGACGAGGACGAUCCAGACAUAGAGCACCGCGCUUGGAUCGCAUCCAUCCAAGCUUGGAGGACGGAGGUGGAAGGAGACCUUCUCGGAUUUCUAUUCGGAUCAGUGCGACCCGGCCAUCAACAGCAGAUCGUACAGGAGCUCACGAUUCCCCUCGCGCAGCUGGUCGACGAUCUCCGUCUCGAUAUCGUUUCGCAGUGCGACGAGAGCCCGGUCCCGCACGUCCUUUCACGAACUCUGACACCCUACCUACAGUGGUCGGCUUGCCUCGAGGAGCUGGCAGGUAACAGCAACCCGCCAUCGCAACGAGAGUACCUGGACCCGCGGAGGAUAAUCGACCUCGCCUUCUUUCAGCCUCGAACGGCCUUCGAAGAUGAAGGGCUAACGGUAGAGGAAGGCGGCGAGGAGGAAGAAGAGGAAACUUCGGAAGAAGCGAGGAGCUACAGCGAAUACAGCGAGGAAGAGUCGAGAGGUGACGAAGAAGAGGAAAAAGAAGAAGAAGAGGAUCAAUUGGAGGAAGAGGAGGAAUCUGAGUGGGAAACUUUGGGGGAAGAGGCGGAUCACACAGAGACUCAAGAGAAGGACCCCGAGGCGGUGCGAAGGAGAGAGGAGAUAGCAGCCGGGAAGCAGCCGCUGGAGUUCGCGAGCGGGGUGGAUCUGCUGAUCCUGAACGACCGAGUCAAGGAUCCCGAGCCGCCCAAGAACGACGAUGGGGACCUUGCUGCCGAGACUUCGAGCGCACCGGCCCGACGACGACGAAGCCGAUCCCCCUCCCCCUCCACCUCCGCCCGUCAACCAGUUCGAGCUCGUACCGAUGCGGAGUAUCGGGCUUUGUCCCCGGUCCUUAUCCCGUCAUCCCCUUGACCACCUCACCCUCCGCCAGAUCACUACCCGCAUCACCUUUUCC